CAAAUGCUAAGAAUGAAAUAUUCUUGUAAAGAAGAUAUUUAUAUGAUUAUACUCUUGCCUAAAGAACGUUCUGGUUUGGAGAAAAUGACAAAAAAUUUGAAUGGAGAAAAGAUUUUAAAAUUGCUUAAAUGUGGAUAUACAGCUAAAGUGGAUGUAGGGGUUUUUUAA